AUGCCUCCUGGGGUAACCUUGGAGCGAUCAGUGUCAUCUGAUAGCCCAGAUAAACUCAUUGGGGCUAAAGUUGUCUCCAAUGACGAGACUGCUUCACUUCAUGUCACGCCUAACACGCCUGGCGAUAACGAUUCGCCAAACGCAUCAGAUCAAAAACAGUCAAUUGGAGACCUGAGUGCAGGUAAUGAUAACGAGUAUACAAAGAAUGAUGAAGAGGACGAUGAAAGAGAAGAAGAAGAAGAAGAAGAUGAUGAUGAUGAUGAUGAAGAUCAAGACGAAGACGAGGAUGAAGACGAAGACGAAGACGAAGAUGAAGAUGAAGAUGAAGAUGAAGAUGAAGAUGAAGAUGAUGCUGAGCCUCCGAGAUUGCGAUAUACUAGACUCACCAAACUACCCCCACGUUUCUUCACCAAAGACGCUCUUUCUGCAUGCCACUUUCAUGAUGACGUAUUCAUAUUUGCUACACACUCUGGAAUGGUGCAUCUGUGCAAACCAGACUUCACACCUAUUCGCACUUAUAAGGCACAUAGAGCCUCGGUGCUUUCCCUUCAUACCGACGGACAAUUUGUUGCCAGUGGGUCAAUGGAUGGUACAGUAGUGAUUGGUUCGAUUACAGACGAGAAUGACAUUAUUGCUUUUGAUUUCAAAAGGCCUAUACAUGCUGUUGUUCUCGACCGUCAAUACCGAACGACUAAGGCUUUCAUCUCUGGAGGUAUGGCAGGAAAUGUGACUUUGUCCACAAAGAACUGGCUAGGCCAGAGAACUGACACUAUCUUUGAUUCUGGGAAGGGACCCAUUACAUGUAUACAGAUCAUCGAUGAUCUAAUUUUAUGGACAAAUGACUCAGGUAUCACUGUUGCGCAGAUAUCUACAAAGACUCCGCUGCUGCAUGUUGAUCUUCCAGAAGACUUUCCGAGACCAGACCUGUAUUGGCCCAAAGUUCACUUCACUGAGGUUAAUCAGUUUGCAGUGGCCUGGGCAUCUCAUAUUUGGUUUUUCCGUGUUGCAAUAGAUGCAGAUGCUCAAACACACCUGUCAAACUUCGUCUCAGCUGCUUCAUUUAGGGGCACGAGUGAUAGGAGGAUAGAAAUAGAACGUGAGGCUGAUCUCAGCGGUACUCUUAUUUCUGGGAUUUCGAGUUUGAAUGAUGAUCUUAUGCUGCUAAAUUAUGUACCCCCAAGGUUGAAGACAGGUUUAAAUGGCGAGAGCAGGUCUGCACGAAGGAAAAACUACGAAUCUCAGCCUCCAGAGUUGAAGAUAGUCGACAGUAUUUCACUGGCUGACUUGUCAAUAGAGGAGAUUCCUUUGAAUAUAAUAUCCAACCUUGGAUUGAAUGACUACCAUCUGCAUCAUCAUAUCGCCAAGGAUAAAAUCAGAUGGUUUCUUCUUUCAGCCAACGACGGUGUCAUAGUGCAAGAGUUUACCAUUCAUGACAAACUAGCCUGGUACGUUUCAAGAGGAAGGUUCCUUGAAGCAUGGAAAAUGAGUGAAACUUGGUUGGCUGUUACUGAAAGACUCAACAUAGGAUUGAAACAGGUUGACAAAUUCAUUGAGGUGGGCAACUGGAAAUCCGCAGCUGUUUUCCUGCAGGAAGUUCUUUCGUCUUCUGAUCAUAUUUCCGAAGAGGUGAGAUUCAGAGUAGUUAAAGAGUGGGACAAUUGGCUAUGGAUAUAUCACAAAAGUCAUCACUGUGAUGCCAUCAUUGAUCUGAUACCCUAUGAAGAGUAUGGCUCCGAAAUCGGAAGAGAGGUAUAUACGGAAUACCUCAUAUCAGUUCUCGAUGAACGUCACUUUGAAAAGUUUCUUCAGAUCUUUGGUAAGUGGAGUAUGUCUCUCUAUAAUCAGGACCAUAUUCGUGACAGGUUGAAAACUUUAAUCAGUGAUUAUGAUGACUCUGUCGAUGACACUUUGGACUCUGAGAUCGCUUUUGCACUGCGUUGGUGUUAUAUUCGUCUCUGUGAGGAAUCUGAUGAGCCAGAGCUUUGUGUGGAACAUCUUCUGAUACUCAAGGAUCCAUCCCUCAUGAACUUUUUGAGUCAUCAUCACUUGCUAGUCAAGUAUUUCGAGAAGCUCCCUGAGAUUUUGACAAUGAACCUCACCGAUUCAGAGAAGCAGAGAAACGAUCCGGAGGAAUUGCACGAAAAGCUGAUUGAGGGAGUGCAUUUACUGGUGAAUAACAUUCAAGAAAUAUCUCCCGACAGUGUUGUGUCUCUGAUGGAAAAGCAUAAUCUUGACAUUGUCAAUUACCUCUAUCUAGAGGAGCUUUCCAAGAUUGAUACUUUGCUCACGAAGAAGUUUGAGAAUCAAAUGGUCAAACUCUAUGCCUGGUUCAACCAAAGUUUGCUGCUUGGCUUUCUGACGAGGCACAAAGACUAUGACAUCGACAUUGCCAUUUCUGUUUGCUUAGAGAAAAAUUGUAUCUCCGAACUUGUUUAUCUCUAUCACAAAGUUGGACAGGAUAAAGAGGCCCUUUCGUUGAUUGUCGGCAAGCUAGAGGAUCCAGAAAAAGCCAUUAUGUUUGCAACAUCAGCAGGUGAUCAAGAACUAUGGGAUUAUCUUUUGGAUUAUUCCAUGGAUCGUCCACACUUUAUCCGGGCUUUGAUGCAAAAAGCAAGUGAGACCAUGGAUGCAAUCCCAAUCGUUACAAGAGUUCCAAAGGGUGUGGUGAUUCCGGGGCUCAAAAACGCUCUUCUUAAUAUAUCCUUCAACAACGAGAUGGACUUAAGAUUGAACAAAAUGAUCUUGCACAUGAUCUCCUCGGAGGUUUUGCAGGUGUCUUCUAGGUACAGAGAUCUCCAAAACAAGGGUUAUGUUUUUGAUGUUGAUACUCACGAAAAAAUUGCAAGUGACACUCUGAUUCGAUUUGCAGAUGAGACAAGGCCGUUGAUGACUGAGUCAGAGCUUUUAGGGAAAGACCAUCUUUGGAAGGGCCUUGCCAAACAGAUAUCUGGAAAGAUCACGCACCUUGCUUUCAUUCAACGGUCUUUGAAGAUGAUGCAAAAAGAGACUGAGAUUUGA